AUGCUCAUCAAAGAGCUGCUGUCGGCGACGAUCAUUGCUCCAUCAAUCUCACCUUGGGCGUCACCAAUAGUGGUCAUCAUCAAGGCCAACGGCGUGGAUAUCCGCCUCUGCAUCGAUUACCAAGUGGUAAACCGCAUGACAAGGCUGACGGUGUACCCGAUGCCGCUGAUCAACGAUCUCCUCGAGGACUUGGACAAGGUGCUUUGGUAUUGUUCCCUCGACAUGGCGAGUGGAUUCUGGGUCGUGUCCAUGACGCCGCGGGCGAGACUGAUCUCAGCAUUCAUCACGCCAUUCGGGUUAUUCGAGUGGGCGAGGAUGCCGUUCGGUCUGAAGAACGCUCCACAGAUCUACCAGCGGAUCGUAGACAACGCCCUAUAUGGGCACAUGCGCAUUAAGCCUGGCCAAGACAAGACAGUCGAUGUGUUCGAGGAGGGAGAGCCCGAACCAGAACCCAAACCGUCGGUCUUGGGACGGCGAUCGUACGUCGACGACAUUCUCGUGAGUGGAGACACGUGGGACAGCAUGUGCAACAAGGUCAAAAAUCUGCUGGACGUAUGCGAACGCUGGAACCUAUCGAUCAGUGUAGCAAAAAGCCACUGGGGCAGGCGCAAAGUGACCUACCUGGGACACCAAGUGUCGACAGACGGGUGGGAAGCGAAGCCGAAGGACCUCGAAGCCUUCUCGAAUCUCCCUUUCCCCACCAAGCUGAAGUCAAUGCAGUCAUUCCUUGGAAGCCUGAAUUACUACAGCCGCUUCAUCGAAGACUUUGCAGUCUAUGCAGCGAUCUUGUACGAGCUUCGGGAAUCGACCGAAGAACCGGAGGAAGGGACAGCACUGGCGGACGAGGAACGCGAUCGCUGGACACGAGCAAUGAAUGUGUUCACCAAACUCAAAGCGAAGAUCAUCUCCACCCCGAUCUUGAAGCACUUCGAUCCGGGGCGGGCGCCAGUCAUAGUCCUCUAUGCUAACAAGUGGGCGAUCUCGGCGGCAUUAAUGCAGAAACACGGCGGCGUGUAUUGGCCAGUGACCUUCACCAGUCGGACGCUGAAGGCCAACGAGUUGAACUAUGGGAUCGUAGAUAAGGAGGUCCUGGCUUUUCUUCGCACGUUAGACGUCUGCUACUCGCAAUUGGUCACCAGAUCGAUCAAGGUGCUAUCGCGUUUCUCCACGCUAGCCUGGCUCCUGAAGUCGAGUGGGCUAGACGGGCGUUUGGGCAGGUGGGCCGCAUUGUUGUCUGGCUGGACACUGGAAAUCACGAAGUGUUCCAAAGGCGAAGAGGAAAUCCUAGGCGCGAUCGCUGCGAGCAUCACCCCUCCGGCGGAAGUUGACGAAGCCCUAAUGGCAAUAGCCCCGAAGAAGCAACCCCGGAAGAUGAUCGCCAUGACUCCUCCAAACGUAGAACCGGAGGAGAGUCUGUUGGUGGCGAGUUUCGAUGGAUCGGCACGAGUGAAGCAUGCAGGAGGCGCAUACAGCGCGAUCCUCUGGAAACUUCCCGAGUGGACGAUCCUCGAAGCGAAGUCCGAACACCAGCCUGAUUUGACAGUGAACGAGGCGGAGUAUAGGGAACUGCUACUGUGUUUCAAUCUCCUCUCGACUCAAGCCAGGGGACGAGUCGUGUUCUGUGGUGACUCCAACUUGGUGAUCCGCCAGAUGAGAGGCGAGAUCGACUGUAAGGCGCCAGGUCUGCAGCUGUUACGCCAGAAGACGUUGAACCAACUGCGAUCUUGGCCAAAGUACGACUUCGUACACGUGAAGCGAGAGUGGAACCAAAGUGUCGACAAGCUCGCCAGUGCCGCCUUACAGCGUGAAGAAGGCGAGAUCGUGACAGCCGAGGAAGAACGGCAGGAUUUGAUCACGCUGAACAGAUUACAUGAAAUACUGCAACCAAGGUCAGCCAGAUCAGUGACUCACGUGAAUGCGAUCACUCGAUGUGUACGCCGGACUCCACCACCAGCAGCGAUGGAUGAAUCUAUUGUACGACGUAUAAGGAGUCAGCGGAUCAAGCAAGCACAAGACGAAGAGAAGUGGAUCGUGGAUCUAAAGGCGUACCUGAACGGGGACCUGAAUGGUCUGUCGAAGGAGGAAGCGAAGGCGUGUUCAAAGAUCGCCGCAACAUAUGAAGUCGACAAAGACGGACUGUUGUUUUAUUGCCCGAGGACUCUGACACGAGACGAAGAUCGCGAUGAUGUCGUCAGACUGGUGAUGCCGGAGAGCUUGCAACAGGAUUUCCUCCAUCAUUACCACACGAGCCUGGAAGGAGGCCAUCAGGGUGUUGGGAGGACAUACCGUAGAAUCCGGACGCAUUUUCACUGGAGAAAUCUGUACCGAAGUGUCCAGCGCUAUGUAGGGGAAUGCACAGAUUGUGAGACCGGGAAAGGGAAACCAACAGAUCAAGGAAGAUCGCCGGGGAAUGUGCAAGAUACGUACCCGUUCCAGGUCAUAUCCAUGGACCACAUCCCGUCGCUACCGAAGUCUUUUAAGGGGAACACGGAGUUACUGAUCUGGGCUGAUCUGUUCACUGGAUAUGUGAUCGCCAAAAGAUCGCCAAGGCUGGAUCAUCGCGGGGAGCCCAAGUGGUGGCGGAAAACUACGAGGAAUGUGUCUUCAGGUGGUUCGGUGCAAGUGAAGUAA